AUGGUACAGAAGAUUGUUGUCGGAAUUACCGACUUCGAGUAUGCAGAAUUAGAUGAAAUUCUGCAGUACUACCCUCAUGGCUAUCAUGGUGUCGACAGAGAAGGAAGACCUGUUUACAUUGAAAGGCUUGCAAAAGUUGACCCAAACAAACUCAUGCAUGUAACUACCAUGGACCGUUAUGUCCGGUACCAUGUGAAAGAAUUUGAAAAGAGUUUCUUAAUCAAGUUCCCAGCUUGUUCAAUUGCUGCAAAGAGGCACAUUGAUUCAAGUACAACAAUUCUAGAUGUUCAAGGCAUGAGUUUAAAAAAUUUCAGCAAGAUCGCAAGGGAUCUUAUGACGAGGCGACAAAAGAUUGACAAUGAUGACUACCCAGAGACAUUGCAUAGAAUGUUCCUCGUCAAUGCUGGUCCAGGAUUCAGGAUGCUUUGGAGCACUGUUAAGUCCUUCCUUGAUCCAAAGACAACUUCAGAGAUACAAGUCCUUGGAGCUAAGUAUCAGACCAAGAUACUUGAAAUAAUUGAUGCAAAUCAAUUGCCAGAGUUUCUUGGCGGCUCUUGUAUCUGUUCAGAGAUUGGAGGAUGCGUUAAAGGUGAAAAGGGGCCCGGGAUGGACCCAAACAUAUUGAAGAAAAAGGGCAGUGACACAUCUACUGCUGAAUCUGGUUCUGAAGCUGAUGACAUCACAUCUCCCAAGGCAAUAAGAACUUAUGCUACAAAUCCUAUUCUCACACCAGUUCGUGAAGAACCGAUAACGUCCCGGAUCAAUUUGAAGAACAUCAAGACCAGGAGCAAGAAUACACUGAGCAGCAGCAAGGAGAAGGCAAGUGUCCUUGAUCAUAUUGAACCUAUAUUUUAAAUGUUUUGUUUUACAAAACUGCAUGCAAUGUCUGUCAA